AUGGAUACAACAGACAUAGGAAUUACAUCAACAAUAAUUGAUACAACAACAACAGCAGCAGCAGUUAAGCGUCGUGAUCCUCCUCCAUUGAAUGUUUAUGUGCGUAUUCGUCCAUUUAUCGGUGAUGAACUUGAACGUGGCGAAAAUCAAAAGCUAUUGCAGAUUAUCGAUGAAAAACAUAUUUCUGUCAAAGUCUGUCCAACAACUAAUAAUAAUAUUCGAAAUAUACAAGCAUCAUAUAAUGAAUACGAGGUAAGUCGAAUAUUUGAUCAUCGUUGUACACAACAAGAAUUAUUUGAACAAAUUCUCGAACAACCAACUAAUGAAAUAUUUACUGGUUCAAAUUGGCUUCUUUGUACACUUGGUCUAACAAAUAGCGGUAAAACUCAUACAAUGUUUGGUACAGCAGAAGAACCUGGUUUAAUUCCACAAUGUCUUCAACGAAUAUUUUUAAAUGUUGGUCAAAAUAUUGAUGAUAAAGUUCUUUUUAAACCAGAUGGUUUGGAAAAUUUAAUGCCAACAAUUGAUAGUAAUCUUGAUUUAGAAAUAAAUGCAAGAAAUUAUAUUUUUAAAGAUGAUAAAAAUAAUAAUCGUCGAAUUCGUUUACCAAAUAUUGUUCAACAGCAAAAUAGUUUUCAAGAUCUAUCUAUUGAAGAUGAAUAUUAUUCUCUAUGGAUAUCAUUUUUUGAAUUAUAUAAUGAAAAUAUUCUUGAUUUACUUGUUCAACCAAAAGAUAUGAAAACACGUAAAAAUCUUCGUCUUAUGCAAAAUGAUCAUUCAACAAUUAUUAAAAAUCUAAUACAAAUACCUGUAUUUAAUAUAAAAGAAGCUGAAGAUAUUAUUAAAUUUGGUUAUUCGAAUCGUGCAACAUCAAAAACAAAUCUUAAUGAAGCAUCAUCAAGAUCACAUGCUGUUUUAUGUAUUACACUUAUUACAAUUAAUGAAUUUCAUGAGGAACCCAUAAUGAGUCAUAUGUAUAUUUGUGAUUUGGCUGGUAAUGAACCAUCAACUGGUACUGGAAAACAACUUGCUGAAACUUGUAAUAUAAAUACAUCAUUAAUGACAUUUAAAGAUUGUAUUCGAACAUUAAAUGAAAAUCAAACAACUAAAAAACAAAUGCUUGUUCCUUAUCGAAAUAGUAUAUUAACAAGUAUAUUUCGUCCAUUUUUUGUUGGUCGUGGUCGAACAAUUAUAUGUUGUAAUGUUAAUCCAUGUGCAACAUUUGUUACACAAACAAAUGAUUUAUUAAAAUUUUGUGCAUUAGCACAAAAAACAAUUAUUGUACCAAAUGAACCAAAAACAGGCGCCGGUGGUUUAAUAAGGCAGCAACGAAAGUCAAAACAAAAAGGUCCUAAACGUCUUGUUAAAGAUGGACCUUUAAAAGAAAAGAGUAAAAAAGAUAUUGUUAGUAAUGAUGAUGAAAUUGAAGAAAUCGGUAUUGAGGCAAUCGAUGGAUCAUCAUUCACUAUCCCAACUAAUAUCAAAUCAUUAUCUGAAAAAUGUGAAACAUUAUUAACAAAUCUUCGUCUCGAAGAAGAUAAUCAUCAUCAUACACAACAAUUAUAUAAUGAUUUAAUAAUAACUGAAAAACAAUAUCGUCAAAAAUUACUUAAAUUAGAAAAAGAAUAUAAAGAGAAAAAUCUUCAUUCACGUAAUGAAAUUGAUUUAUUACAAACACAAUUAAAAAAUCUUCAACAACAAUUUGAACAAUUAACAAAGGAACAUUUAAAAACUAUUGAAGAAAUCAAUCAAAAUAAAAAUCAAACGAAUGAAUAUGAACAAAAUUUACAAGAUGAAAUUCAACGAUUAAGACGUGAUCUUGGUCUUGAACUUUAUCGUAAACAAGAUGCUGAAAAAAAAGCUCGAAGUUUUGAAGAUAAAUUACGUCAUGAACAAACACAAUUACAAAAAAUUCAAUAUGAUUUUACUCAAACAAAACAUGAUCAUAAAACUUUACAAGUUAAAUAUGAUGCACUUCAAUUAGAAUUAAUUGAAAUGCAUAAAAAUAUGAACAAAACAAAUUCACAUACAAUAGUCAAUAAAUUUAAUAAUAUGUCAACCACAAUUAAUCAACAGCAAUCAUAUAUUCAAACGCAACAAUCUAUUACUCGAACAAAACGACGUACGAAUGAUGAAAACCAACUUGAACAAGAAAUUAAAAAACCAAAACGUGUUACACGUAGUCGAUCAGGAGCUAGUUCAAAUAAUACUUCGGUAAAUACUCAUCAACAAGAUGAAGAAAAUAAUGAAAAACAAACUAAACGAAUAACACGUAAUGGAUCAACAGCAAGUUCUUCUAAUACUAUUCAAUUGCCAAUCAAACAAACCAAAAAGAAAUCAUCCAAUAAUGGUAUUGUUGAUUCGUCAUCUGAUAUAAAAACUAAACCUAAAACAGCGGUUGUACGUGGUCGAACUAAAAAGCAAACAAAUGAAUUAGUACCCAUACCUGUACAACAACAAUCACCAUCACAUACUUAUGCUACUAUUGAAAGAGAUAUAUCACUUGAUAGAGCAUCAUUCGCUACUGUUGAUGUUACUUCAACAACAACACAAGUCGUUUCAUCAGUUGAUACAAUUAAUACUACACCUAAACCGUCAGCAUUUAAACGUAUUCAAUCAUUAUUUCGUCCUAGUCCCACAUCAACCAAUUCAACACGAAUUAAUCGAGUUUUACAAACUAAAUCAACUGUAAUAGCCUUUGGUUCAUCAACACCAACACAACGUAUGCCUCCGACAAUAAUUAAAACAACAACACCAGCACCAAUUAUUCCAUCAACUCCGGCUGUAUCAGCUGUUAAAAAAAUUCCAUCACCUAAGGGAAAAUAUAAUCUUCGUACACGUCUUUUUGCUAAUCCGACCUACUCAGAAAAAGAUGAAGAUGAGAAAAAAUCUCGAACAAGAAAACCGUUGCGAACACGCAAAUAA